AUGUUUGUGACUAGACGUCUCCUGCAGGCCUGCAGGAUUACUUUGUUCUCCAGAGAUACCUGCGGCCUCUGCACGCAGGCCAAGGGCGUGCUCUCUGAUGUCUGGGAUAAGCGGCCCUUUCAGUACACAGAGGUAGAUUUAGCAAAGCCGGAGUUUAAGCAUUGGAAAAAUUUAUAUGACUUCGAUAUUCCUGUUAUACACAUAAGCAAAUCAGACACUCCCGAAGAGGACAUCAACAAAGUCGGAAAGGCCAUCAAGCUGAUGCACCGAUUCACGACAGAGCAAGUCGAGGCCAAGAUGGACCAAGUCGAAGGCGUCUAG